AUGUUUGCCGACAUACAAAAGACUCCAACACCAGAUGAAAAUAUCCAGCAUAGAAUGGAAGAACUGAAAAAAAAUGUACACAAAUACAACAACCCUUUUUACUUACGAGCAUUUAACGUUCAAUCUUCGGAUGAACUCGGUGAAGAUAAAAGGUUAAAUUUCAAGAAAACAUAUAGAAAUGAAACAUUGUUUAAAGUUCAUUCAGAACCUAACCAAGAUGGAAACAAACCUACUUUUGUUUCUGCAGACGAUGGAACGACAAUGAGAUGGGGUCAUAAAGCUAACCCGGAUAGGUGGUUCAUAAACUUACAACCUCAAUUCCAAGAAGUUGUAGACGCAAUGGAAGUCAAUGGUGAACCAGAUAUAGCUGGUAUUUUCAGCGCGGCUUUAAUGCCAUUGAAAGAUAUGAAAGAUGCAGAUAUUUUGGACCAGUAUGAAAUGAACAUGGCUGAUGGAAAUAUAACACCUGACGUUCUAGAACAUUUAUCUCAAAGAACUACACAGAACCAUAGAGAUGGUAUAUUUGGUGAAGAGUUUAGAAAGAAAGUUAGGGAGAGAGAAGGAAGAGAACCUAUUGUACAUGACCUUGCAAACGAAAGUUUACAAAAUGUCAUAAAAACUUACUUUGCAGACAAUGAACUGAGAAGGGAUGAAUAUUUAAGAAAACUCAAAUGGACAGUACCAAAUGAAAUGUUAGUAUUGAAAAACAUGUUCCUUGACAAAAUAAAACCAACUACAGAAAUAAACGACGCAAGACUGAAAGAUUGGGUAGAAGCUUUCCCAUUCACAAAAGAUAUAGUUGGUAACAUGGAAAGAAAACCAGAAUGGCUACAAAAACAUAUAUUUGGAAACGAGCAUAUUCCAUAUGGACAGGCACU